AUGGCACUAUUUCGUAAUUAUGAUUUAAUUGAACCAAGUAAAUAUAUUGAUCAUAAAAACUUUGAAAAUAUUAGUUUUACAGAUAUAAUUAAACGGUUUUAUGAUGUUAUUUCUUCCAAUAUUGGUCGUACAUCAUUAAUAGAACAUAGUAUAAUGCUUAAAUUAGGAUAUGAUUUUAGAAAAAUAAAACCAUUUGCUAUAGGCAUGAAUGUGAGGGAUAAACAUGCAUCCAUUAUAAAAAAACUAUUAAGAGAUGAUGUCAUCGAAGUUAGCAAAAGUUCAAAAGAUGGUACUGACCAUAUGGUGAAUGAUUUUUGUUAUUUAAAUUCAUUUACUGUUAGAGACCUUUAUCCUCAUCAUGAUAUUAAGGAGGCGUUAGAUUUAUUAGAAGGAUUUAAAAUUUUUUCAACUAUGUAUUUUACAAAUGGAUUUUGGCAAAUUUCUUUGGUUAAAAGUGAUCGUUGGAAAACGGCAUUUACUACAUCAUUCGGUGAGAAAAUGUAUCAAUAUAAAGUUAUGCCCCAGUGUUUAACUAAUUCACCUGCUACUUGUCAAAGAUUAAUGGAGAAGAUAUUACGUAAUAUACCAUGUGUUACUGUGUAUCUAGAUGAUGUUAUAAUAGGUUUUAAAAUAAUAGACCAACAUAAAAAAGAUUUAAUAAAAGUUUUUGAAGCUAUCAGAGCAGCUAAAUUGACAUUAAAUCCAAAAAAAUGUGUUAUUGGAAGCCAUAUCAUAGAUCAUAAUGGGAUCAGAGUGGACACUGAGAAAGUUGUUUCAAUCCAAUCGAUAAAGACGCCUAAUACCGUUAAACGCUUUCGUAGAUUUUUAGGAAUUUCUGAUCCUUUAUAUCAAGUUUUGAAAAAAAAUGUUAAAUUUUAUUGGGGUGAUUCUCAAGAAUUAGCAUUUACAAAAUUAAAAAAAUCUUUAACUGUAGCAAUAGUUUUAACAUUACCAAAAGAAAAUUUUGAUUUUACCUUAAAAUGCAAUGCUUCGAAUAUAGAUGUAGGAUCAGUGUUGAUGCAAAAUGGUCAUGUAAUUGAAUAUUUUAGUAGGAAAUUAACGUCUACUGAACAAAAUUAUUCAACUACUCAAAAGGAAUUGUUAGCAGUUUUGCUAUCAAUUCUUAAAUUCAGACGCUAUCUGUUAGGUAGACAUUUUAUUGUGUUUACUGAUCACAAUCCUUUAGUUCAUCUUAGAAUUUCUGAUAAAUCACCAAAAGAGUUAUUAAGAUGGAUUAUAAAACUUGAGGAUUUUGAUUACGAUAUUAUCUAUAAACCUGGUAAAUUAAAUAAAGUGGGAGAUUUUUUAUCACGUGAUUCGUGUGAAUUUUCAAUAAAGCAGAUUAAUUUCAAUUCUAUAAACGCGGUUGAGAUUCAAGAUAAUCAGCAAUUUAGGGAAAUAUUAGAAACUGGAAUAGUAUCACAGAAUAACAUAUAUUAUCGUAUUAAGAAUAUUAUUAUUAUUAAAGAUCGUGUUAUAUAUGUUAAUAAAAAUGAUCGUAAUCUAAUUUUGGUAUCUAGAAAAUUUAUUAAAGCGGUUAUUUGUUAUUAUCCCAACUCUCUCAUUUUUGCUCAUCCUGGUAUUACUAAGUUAUUCCAUCUUAUUAGGCAUAAAUAUUUUUGGCCCAAAAUGUAUCAACAUAUAAAAGAUUAUGUUAUUGAUUGUGUGAAAUGCAAUACUUGUAAAUAUAGAAAUCAUUUAUAUAACAAAAAAUUGAAAAUAGUUGAAACUACUUAUCCCAAUAAAUUGUGGCAAGUAGAUAUUUCAGGACCAUUUAAUGAAACUUCAAAAUUAAAUAGAUAUCUAUUAAUUAUGUGUGACCAUUUUAGUGGUUGGUGUGCAGCGGAGCCAAUGCAAUCAAUUUCAGCAGACAAUCUAAACAGUUUGAAGGAGAGAUUGUCUUUAAAAUUGUGUUCAACUUUUAAUAUUGAUAAAUUACAUUCAAAACCUUAUUGCCAUAAUGAAAAUGGAUUAGUAGAAAGAUUUAAUAGGGUUAUAUGUGAAAAACUGCGAAUAAUGUGCAAUGAUACACAUGAUAAUUGGGAUAAUAUGAUAGAUUAUGUGUUAAUGGGUAUACGCAAUACUAUUUCAUCAAAAAAUAUAUGUACUCCAGCAGAAUUGAUUAUUGGUCAUACUUCUUUCGAAUCACAUUACGAUUUAAACAUCAACAGAGGAAUAUGUCCAUCAAGUUAUGUAAACAUGAUCGUUAGAUAUGGUGACAAUCCGGCUCAACGUGUGAAAAUAAAAUUAUUUGAUUCAAUUGUUCCAAAAACUGCCAAGUAUUUUAGAAUGUUGUGCACUACUGGAAAAUUUAGAAAUACGAAAUUUUUUAAUGUAAUAAAUUCAAACAUGCUGGUUGGAGGAGAUUUCACACACAAUGAUAGAAAUGGAAAUGAUUCAUAUAAUGGUGGAUUAUUUUCAGAUGAAAAUUUCACGCUUAGUCAUGAUAUAGCUGGAGUAGUUUCAAUGUUAAGUAAAGGAAAAGAUACCAAUGGAUCUCAAUUUUACAUUACAUCCAAACCAUUGCAGACUUUGGACAAUAUCAAUGUUGUUUUUGGAAAAGUUGUCGAAAAUUUAUCGUACAUCAUUUACCUAUCCAACAUCAGUACAAAUUCAAACAACGUUCCAAUUAAAGACAUUAUCAUAGUAGAUUGUUAUUGA